AUGUCUUUAUUGUGUCUCAAAUUUGCCUCGAAAUGCAAUGCCUAUGUGCACAAAGCCAACACGCCAGAUGAUCUACGCCAGCGUAUUCCCAACUGGUCUCUCGAAUCGGACGGGCAGCUGCUGCAAUAUAUGAUUUCGAUUGCAAAGAAUCUCGAGGAAAAAUGCACCAAAACACGCGACAGCCUAAAUAGUCUUAUGGUACAGGUAGAUCAAACGGAAGUGAAGCUAGCACACACCACCAAUCAGUUGUCCGCCGUAGAGCAAGUGAAGUUUGUCGAGAACCGAGUGGAAGAGGACGACGAAAGCUUCUACGGCUUGCGUCGCCGGAGACAGGUGGACGUGAACAGGGAAAAGGCGACACAUAGCGAUUCGGAGCGAUCGUUGGACGAUAUGAUUCAGCUGGCAGUAGACCGCUCGAUCGAGGGAAUGUACGACUGCUACGAGAAGGUGACCCUCAAACUAGAUAGUGACUCUAGUGACGAUGAUGAUCAGGAACCCCAACGGGGACAAUCGGUUGAUCCAGUCAUCGGCGGUGGUAAGCCAUCGGUAAUGAGAGCCAUUCCGAGGUACUCGUUCAUUGAGCGGCCGCUACCGCACGUGAUUGGAUCGAAAGAGUGGCACAGCAAGUGGCACGUUGGACUGAUCGAUUCGGAAGACGAAUCCAACUCCGACCGUAAAGAGGAGUACUCUGAGUCGUCUAGUGACACGGAUGGAAUGUUUCCGUCGCAGCCGAACAGCAAAAACCACACUCCGUCAGAGUCGGAAAGCUCGAUCUGGGGGACGGAGGCACGAAAGCGGACACACUCGAUGGAUCCAAGCAACGACGAGGGCUCGUCAGUGUAUUCGUACGGUAGCUCAUCCAAACCACAGCUCUUUCCUGUGCCUCAGCGAGCACCGGUAAAUGUUGCUCCAAUCGCCACGAACCGUCUAAAACCUCCCGGUCUCUUUCCCGAGGAACCGCCGGAAGAAGAGCCCUCGGAGAACGCUCGAAAACCGGUUGAAAAGGGUCUUUUCGAUGAUUCGCCAGCGGAGGAAGACGAUAUGUUGCCAACGCCAGUGCCAAAGACAUCACAAGCGCAAGUUGGUGCCAAUCGAGAUCUCUUCUUUCGUCCGCCUGCUCAACCAACACGCAAAACAGUCAAUCUUUUCGAUGAUGAACCGCCUCCGGUAACGAAUCAGGAGCAACCAUACAUCGCAGAACAAAAGCGUUCGAUAAAUCUGUUUGUUGAAAGUGAGGACGAGAGUGAGUCGGUAGAAAAUAUGCGAAACAACAACACCAGCGAUCGUAAAUUGAUUUCCGACCUACCACCUGAGCAAGUGAAUGAUCGGCAUCGGAUCACUUCGAAACUGGGAAGCAGCUCCGUGCUUUCGUCCCAAGCUGAUCCCCGUGCGAAAUUGGUUGAUGAACUGAACAACAACUUCCAAAAGCAACAGCAACCGGUUCCCAUCGGAAGGGAAACAGUUACCGUAACUCCCCGAGAGCAACGUUCCAAUCUGUUCGACGAUGAACAUCCGGAAGAUCAAUUCGACAAAUUGUUUGCCAACUCUACCGCUGCGGUGCAACCGGCGCCCCGAAAACAACCGGAACAACCAACACCUGCCAGCCGAUCAAAAGAUUCGACCAGAAAGCCAGUGGUGAACUUGUUUGCGGAUGAUAAUGAUAGCGAUGACGAUGCUAUUGUGGUGGGUAGCAGUGAAAAGCAAACGCCAAACAUCGCAAGAUCUGCAUCUUUGAUGAGUCCUAAUCGUCUGACGCUAUCCACGGUAACCAGCGAUCGGGUGACGAUCAAGAAAAAGUCUAUCUUCGACGAGUCUGACUCGGAAGGCGACGAUGCCAUGCUUUUCGGUCAAAACAGCAAGCCACCAAGCAUGAACACCAAUACUAAGGAUUCGAGCAAAAUCCCGUCAUCGGCUGUACCAGUGGAAGUAAUAAAAAAACCAGCAAAAUCCAUCUUCAGUGACAGCUCCGAAGAGGAAGAUGAUGAUGAUUCGCUUUUUGGCAAUUCUUCCAACAUCGUGAAAAACAAGCUCGAUGCACUGAAGCGUGGCAAUGGUAGCGACGGCACUUCGGCGUCAUCUAAGCCAAAUGAACCCAUCCAAGGAUUGGAAGCAGUACCAAAACGUGAAUCUAUUGUUCAGGAUAAAUCGUCGAAUGAUGAUGAUCGUUUGUUCGGAGCAGAAAUGGACCGUAAUUUGGGAACCAUUGCACCACUAGCUGCAUCGCAAAAAAGUGUCCUCCAAACGUCGCUUUUCGAUGAUCAACCACCAUCGGACGAUGAUGAUGGUGGACUUUUUGGUAGUGGGCGAACUAGUAUUGCCGGAAUUACAGCGAAACUUACCUCGGUGAAAGUAUCCAACGGCCCAAAACCACACAGCGAAACAGCUUCAUCAGCUGCAGUGGCAGAUUUAAACAAAACCAUCGAAAGCACUACAGCUAUCACAGAAAACACAGCAGAAAAGGCCGACAUAAUCCAAAGCAAUGAUGGUGCUACAAACAAUGAUAGCACAAAUCCAUUCUCGGAACGACGAGCCGAUCCUCUUGCGGGCACCAGCGUACGGAAUAUGAUAAUGAAAAAGGCGAUCUUUCACUCAGAUUCGGAAAGCGAUGAACAAAAUGAGUCUCUGUUUGGUUCAGAAUCAGAAAACGCAAUUCUCCCCACUGUACCCAGUAGCCAGUCGGUGGCCGACAGUGCAAUAGAUUGUGAUACGACGGCAACGGCUCAGGGUGUGAGCGCCGAAAAUCGAAUACGAAUUAUCAAUUCAGAAGAAACUCAAUCGUCGAAGGAGAAUCUGCUAAAUGCACCGAGAUUAACCAGUGCGGAAGAACCAAAAAAGAACACUCCGGAAGACUCCGCCGCUGAAGGGCUCACAUCGACCAAUAGCGAACCAAAUGAUGCCGAACAAAAUACUGAUGCACUAAAUGGUAAAACUUCCGUUAGUUCCACAGUAGUUAAUGAUAUAGUUUUACUGCACGAUUCUAAUGAACCGAAAGCCACCGUUUUAAAAACAUCUUUGUUUGAGGCUUCCUCUGAGGAGGAACGCAGUGACAUCGAGGAGAGGGCAAAAGGAAACCACGAUGAAGUGGGGCACGUGAAAUCAAAAGCGAAACAAUUGGAAGCAAGCCCAUCGAAUCAUAAGCAGGUAACAGAACAUGAAAAUGUAUCGCCUAUCUCUAGUUCUUUGGUCGAUCCUGUUGCCGAUGGUGCGAAGUUCCCUACUCAAGGCCACUCCCAAGAGCCGUCGACGUUGGAUGCAGACGAAAAUCCAUCUCCGUUAAUGAUUGCGAAUGAUAUUGAUUAUUAUUUGCGAACCAAUGAGCUUCCUGUCAGUGAACCGCGUGAUGCUUCGAACGUAUCCGACGAGCCUACGACACCGCCACCGAGCGCACCAGCAAAGUCUGAACCAAAACGUGCCUUAAACUUCAGCCCAAUCGGUCUUUUCGAUGAUUUACCCCCACCCGAUGAUAUGGAUGGCUUGGAACAGAACGAAAAACAUUUUACCUCCGCCACCGGCAACGAAUCGUCACUAUCUGUCGAGGAUGUGCCCACAUACGGUGAAUCACAGUCGAUGGAUUAUACACCGAACGGAUCUAGUGCCAGCCAGCAGCGAUACAUGUUUGACAAUGAACCUCCACCGGAUGACGUGGACAACUACCGAACUACGGGAGCCUCGGCAAGGCAGCUGUUUGAGGGAAAACUAACUUCGAACGAUUUCUCCGUGUCAUUGCCGCCGUUUCCCAGUGUGCGCGAACCAGAGAAGGCCGCACGCCCAAAGGUGAACAAGUUAAACAGUAAAUUGUCCAUUAAUGUGGCGGCACUUCUUCCUGGCGCUCGUCGGCUACCGGUGACGUCGAAGGAGAACGCGACCGAUUCCUCAUCAUUGCCAGAACGGGACGAGAAAAAUCAGACCGAUCUAAGUUCGGCGGCUGGCUCCAGCAGUAAUAGUGCGCCAGAAAAGCUUUUAGUUAACCUUAACAAGGGACGUGCCCGUAUACCGGCAAAAAGGAAGCCGCCAUCGAGGUCGAAUCUACGAGUGGGGAAUAGUUCAGACGAAGCAAAAGACACACAUUCCGAUGAUGCGCGGAUAGUGGUGGGUUCCGAGGGAAAAAUUGAACAUAUCGAGGCAGCAUUCCCUGCUGCUGAAACAGUACGCAACGAAUUUGAGAAUAUCAAAGCACAGCGGGAACCAUCUCCAGACGUGACGAUAAAACCUGCGGAACCAGCGAUGGACCGUUUAAGAGCAAGUGCACGCAAUACAGUCACCAAAACGGUGCUACCAGUUGGAAAUGAAACUUCUGUGUCAAAGAGUACCACAACACGACAGACGGAAGUAUCGGUUGUAUCGAAAUCGAUCUUUGGUGACAGCGAGGACGAUGAGGAUGAGGCGGAUGAUUUGUUUAGUAAACUACCAUCGAAAGCACCCCUCUCGGUAGCAUCGAAAGCCCGGUUAUCGCAGGCGGUAACUGGCACCGAAAACACUCGCAGCAUAUUCGGUAGUGACGACGAUGCAGGAUGCGACGUUGACGAAGACGAUCUGUUUGGCACGAAAAAAUCAUCAAAAUCAGGCUCGACUAUUGUUGGCCAGUUGAAAUCGGCGGUAACAUCGAAUGUGCUUAAACCUUCGAAGGGGACAAAAAGCCUUUUCGGCGAUGACGGUAGUGACGCUGACGAUGAUGAUGAUCUGUUUAGUAGCAAACCUAACGCUUCCAUCCCGAAAGCCAGCGAUCGAACGGUUCAAAGUAACAAAUUCGAUGGUAAACCGGCCACGACGGCGUCCACCACACGCACUGUCACCAAACGCACAUCGAUAGAUCCGCUAGCAGAUUUACUGGACUCCUAGGGACUCCUGGUGGAGGCAAUCUUCAUCGUUCUGCUGGUUUUCUAACAGCAUUCGGUUCAUGCUAUUGAUAUUGGUUUGCUAUGCAUCGCGAGAAGCUGCAUUAAGUCAGGAAGUGCAAUGAAUAUCACAUACGAAAGGAUAAUAGUUCUGGUUUCGAGCGCGAUAUUGCUAUGAAGUUUUGCAGAGAUUACCAAAAACCAGUCGUUGCUGAAGAGUCCGUUCCUUAGCUGCGCCAUAACGGAUGAGCACGAACAAAAUUAUAACAUUCGAUAUUUUGUUAACCUUGCCGCUGCUUCGCUGCCACGGUUUGUUGUUAUCUAGUCACAGUAAAUCAUAAUUUGAUCGAUUCGGGAGUUAUAAAUUCGUUUUGCCGUUCCAUCAUCAUCAUACUCAGUAUCAGACGUGUUCCGAGCCUCGCUGCACCGUAACUUUUCAUCUAAUUACAUUCCAUCAGUUUAUUUUUGCUUCGAUAUAACUGACGGCCACAAGUGCUAUGAUUCCAUUUAAUAUGUUUUGCAAAGUAUUCCCUUUAUGUUGUUACCUUAGUGCGUUUUCCAUUUUUCUCCAUAAAUAUUGUGGCAUCGUUCUUUUUUAUUGUUGUGAAUUAAAUUCCCACAUCCGACAGGUCGUCGGGAUAAUUACUUGCUACCAUUAAUUAUUUAGACAUUCUAUUCACUUCUCCAAACCUUAGUUUCGCGUACAUCAACAUACGAAUUUAUACAAUUUAAUUAAAGAUUUUUCAGAAACAUGUUUGAUAAUUUGUUAUCACUAAAGAGUGUGUUGUUGGUAAUUAAGUAUAUACUGUUCCUUUAUAACGAAGAUUUUCUUGAUUUUCACUAGUAAAUGCAGCAUUACAGUUAGCCCAGAGAAUAAAUGUUUAAGCUGUAGUUUUAUUAGAUAAAUGGCAAAUGGAAAGUGCUAAUGUGGGUGCAAGGAAGUUAUUAGUAAAGCGCAAAUGAAAUAAACGAAGUAUUGACCUAAGUGUCUUUAUAUAU